GUGGAGAAGAGCGAAUAGAGGUGAGCAGUGAAGUGAGUGAUGUUCAGAUAGUAAGGAAUCAAAGAAAACCACCAGAAGAACAUCUAUAAGAAGACACUUCAAACCGCUACAGUAAGUGACAUGAACAAAUCAAAUCGUGAAAAACAUUUUAGUCAGUGCAGUUACUAACUGAACUGGAAACGAAAAACCAUCAGACAUGGAAGCCCCAACAAGUGACGCGAUGACUCAACUUCCAAUCAGUGAGCCUCUCAUAUCAAAGCCAGUUCCUCGUCCGUUUUCGAUCGAGGCCCUCAUGAGUGAUGAUAGUGGUCCAAAACGUAGUGCGAACUCAACUUGCUGGGGCCCAAUAAUAAGCCACCCAAUAAGACAGUUGCCGCCUGUGGAGUCAGUGGAGAGGUUCCACCAGAGGGAGCUAAGGGAUACGGACUCGGAGGACGGAAGUUUGGACAUGGAGAUGGCGCAGGAUUUAUCUAAUAGAAGUCAGAAGGAUGGAGGUUCUGAUUUGGAUGACGAUAUAUGCGAUGAUAGCAACUCACACAGUAGUACCCAUAACCAGGAUUCCUCAUCAGAAUCAGCCUCAGCCGCAGCGAAAGCACGAAGGAGACGAACAGCUUUCACCAGUGAACAGUUACUAGAGUUGGAGAGGGAAUUUCAUGCCAAGAAGUACCUUUCGCUAACAGAAAGAAGUCAAAUAGCAGCGGCUUUAAGGCUUAGUGAGGUCCAAGUGAAGAUCUGGUUCCAGAACAGGAGAGCAAAGUGGAAACGGGUGAAAGCUGGCUUAGGCACAGGACCUCACCAAGGAGGUGGGAAGUCCGGCAACCAACAGAAAGGCAAACUGGUCGUCCCUAUUCCCGUCCACGUAAACAGAUUCGCAGUACGAAGUCAGCACCAACAGCUGGAAAGGGCCUUAGGCGACUUAGCAGGGCGUGUGCUUGCCAGUCACGCUGCCCUUAGGGCUGGUCUCGACCUCCACCACCCUUCUGGUGGGUUCCAUCCACACCACCACCUGCAUCACCAAGCGGCACCACCGCAUUAGUUGUAGGUGAGGUUGAAUAGAUUUCUGUUAAAACCUGAAUUAUCGUUCUAAUAUGUACAUUUCUAUGAAUUUACAAAGACGUGAAGUUUUAGAAAACCGUCAAACUAAAUCUCAGUUUACCAUUUUCAUGAUACUCCAUCUGGGAAUGGGUACUUUCUUCUUACAAAAAAUGCAUAAGAUUUUUUUAUUGACAUCGUCAGCUUUGUAAUAAUAAAUCCAAAUUGAGACACGUUUUGUCAAUUAUCUCUCCAACUAUCAAACAAUCAUUUCUAUUCUACCGUACGGUCAACAGUUAAUGAGAAAUUAAACGUCAAAGUUACAAAUAAUUGCAUAUCCACUUAUAACUACUAAACUGGUAACUGUUAUCACUUUUUAUAAAGAAUCAAAUUUUCUACAUGAAAGGUCUGUUGCAUUUUUUGAUAGCUUAAUGGUUCUCGAAGCUUCAAGAAAUAGCUCCAUAGUCAUUGUCUAUGAUCAGGAAUACCAUUUUAAAAUAAAUCCAUUAUUUACUGCCACGCGUAAAUAUGGAAAAAGUAAUAUUUUUUUGUCAUGAAAAUUCAAGUCACCCACUUCCACUGCUGUCUAUUGGCCAUUGUACUACUGCGUAGUCUCAGCAACCGCGACAACGAUUUUAAUAGGUAGCGGUCAGCAUUGUCUACUACGUCUCGUCUUCCAUGGAAAUCGCUCCAUGAGUUGCUGACAUAGCGCAGUUAUAAAAUCGACAAUAGACAGACUGAUGGAAGUUAGUGCCUUGGUAUCCAUAAUAAAGGCAUCACAAAUCAUCCAAAAAUAAAAUUUUCCAUUCUAGCAAGUGGCAAAAAAUGGAUUCACUUUAAAAUGGUAUUAUUAAUCGUAGAUAAUGAUUCAGGAGUUAUUCACACGUAAAACAUACUGCUGUCAAAAAAUGUGAGAGGCCUCGUAGCAAAUUUUAUUCUCUGCGAAAAGCAUAGUAGUAUUUAAAUGCCUAAAUUGUUAGCUUUACCAUUUAUAAAUGAAAGUAUUAUUUUAUGCAUUUUUAUUCUUGAAUUUCUUUUAAACUACACGGGAGAAUUUUAUAGGGUUGAUAGUUUACGAAGAUAUAAGAUCAAACGCGCUUAUGAAAUGGCGGCUAAUGCUCCAGUCCUGUCAUAACGCCAGUUUGAACUUAUCAUUGGAUUCUAACGAUAUCACCAAAAAAAUGUGCUGCAGUGAUGCUCUGAUGGUUGUUUCUUGGAACUAAAACCUACUUUUUGAUAACACGGUUUUCUGGAACAUCUAUUUGAAGAUGUGAAAAUAUAACAAUAUAGUUAAACGUGAAUCAAAGUUCAGACUCUCCCUCAUCGAUGUUGAAUCUGAAUGAGCCUUCAUUGUAGUGGAGUGGAGCCCGAGAUGAAAAUUGUUGCUGCAUAAGUAUAUAAACUUUGGAACCGCCUUUGUUGAAAGACUACUAUACCAGGUAUCAAGGAAAGUGAUGAACAUGGGUCUUUACUGUUGAAUUCAAAGUCAUCGAUAUGAAGCUUGGAAUAUACCCAAAACACAACCGUCUGUAAACCGAAAUAAGUGUUUUUAUAACAAUGAUAUGGCAGUCAAUCAUGCUAAAAAUUAUCUUUUUAACGAUUAUCAAAAGCAUUUGUUGAUUUAUUUCUCUAUUUAUUAUACAUGUGUUAAAAAAAAUCCAUUGUUUUUUCAAAUUUGAUUACUUGAUCGUUGAAUUAAAAUAAUUGGAAGCUAACGGCGGUGUACGAAUCAAAUAAUUUAUGAACUAAAUCUUAUAUUUCAACAAUCUGUGUUUUUAUGUACAUUAGAAGACGAUUAUUCAUGACCAUUGAUCAUAAAAUUUUAUAACAGUAAUGAAGUCAGAAUACUGUCAUUUAUGAGUCUUGAUCUUAAAAUCGUUCGAGCAUUCAAUACCAAUAUAUCUUAAUCGAUUAAUACAAUAAAUGUAAAAAAACUUCACCAUAUUAUACACCAGCUACAACUCACGCCACAAUUAUUUUAAAACACUUGAUUCUUCAAAUAUUCUAUCAUUUAAAACAUCAAACCCGUAAUACUUUUAUUACAGCUCAAUUUGUUUCAAACUUUGCCAAGCUUCUCCUCUAUCAGAAUUUACUACUUGAAGUUUUGUAUAAAGUACUAGUGAUGAGAGUUGUGAUCUAUUGUAGAGAAUAAUAAGAUGUUAUAUCUAAUAUAUUUGAUUGAGAUUUGGAGAAUAUUUUUGUACAUUGUAAAAAUGAAGUAGAGAAUAGCUAUGGAUGUUAUUUAUGUAUAGUGCAAUGAAUACCUUUUCUGGUUAGUGUAUACAAUAUCCGUACAUAGUGUAAUUAAUUAGAUACGUUUUCGGUGAGCGC